CAUACAUCGACAUGGAGGAGCUGAAAACAAUCCUGGUCUAUAUGCUGCUAUUAUCUGCCUCUGUGCUAGGCAAACAUAAAAAAUCCAAGCCGAAGAAGUUCGUGUCGCCGACCACCAAGGGUAUCCAGUGUUACAACUGCCUAUCGUUCGACCACCCCGGAUGCUGGGACCCGGACCAUCCCGACUACGCUAACAUUACGGUGCCGAAUAUUGACUGCUACAUACCCGGGAUGGCAUUCCUAUGCAUCGUCAUCACAUCCGAGUCGGCUAAGUUAGUGGAGACCGGCCAGGAGAUCGGGCCGGUGCGCGCGCGAACCUGCGUACCAGCCAAAGACUUCUCCAAGAAGACCGUGUCGUACUCCAUGUGCAGUAAACUGAGCAAAGAGCUGUCAGCCUCCGAGAUAUUUUCGCGUAUCGCCGUCAGUCGCCCUCAGUGCACGCUCUGCAAGAAGCACCUGUGCACCGAUGCCUCGCACUGCUAGCCGCGCCCCCACUGGCUUUUA